UACGAAAAAAACAGGGGUUGGUAACAAAAAUAUCCCAAUCCUAGAAGAAAAUAUACCGAGCAGUGUUUACAAACAUUCAGAAGGCCAAGCGUUAGCUUGCCAUUGUUGUUAAAACUGUUUGUUAAACAAUGCACAAACAAACGCAAACACACAUAAAGAACGUAAGAAAGUUGAUUUCUGUUCAUUAGCAACCACAAUGAAGAUGAUGAUGAGGAAAUGCUGAAGGAAGACGACACAGCCUCUUCGCAUUUAAUCACGGAUAACGAAAAUUUAGAUCUUCUGCUCAAGAAAUUCAAACAAAAGGAAAGUCCAUCUUCCCUGGAAGAAAAAGUAAAGAUUCCAACACCAGAAGAAUCGUAUGACAUGGAGGACUCAUCACUGAAAAUAAGAAAGAUGACACUGGGAACAAACCUAAAGAAAAAUGACGAAUUUAUAAAUAAAAGUAUUCAAGACCAAAAAGUUGACAAGCGCUCCACAAACGAAGAUAACAAAGAACAGCUAGAGACAUUAUCAAAGCCAGGCACUCUGGAACCACCUGAAGAAUAUGAUUAUGAGAGGUUCAACAAUGAGUACUACAAUGAAAUAGAGAAUGCACUACAUAACACAAGCUUCAACUACACAAAAAAUGGUUUACAUGACGCAUAUGGAGACGCCAUUUUUGAAACUACAGACUUUGAAGAAACAAAAAACUGCAGCAUGGAAGAGAACAGAAUCUUUGGAAUUAAAUCAAUUAACUGUUUAUGGGAUGACUUCAUAAAAUCAAAUACAGAACUGGACAAAGUACAACUCACAAAGAGAAUCAUAAUGGGUCUGGGCAUAUUACUGUUGAUAUAUAUUGCAAUUGCUGUACCCUGUUGGUGCAAAUUUGGACUGUGCUGCUGUUGCUUUCGCUGUAAGUUCUGCUGGCCUAACAGAAUUAUAAAUGAUGCUAAGAAGUACUUAUCUUCUAAUCCACCUGGAGUUUCAGUUGUAGACGGAAUAGAGAAACAACACGAUCCAACAGUUUAUGAAACUAAAGCUUACGAUGACCUUCUACUUUAUAUCCAAGAAGCAUAAGAAUAUACACUAUGAUAUAGGAUAAUGUGUUUUUCAUGUUACAGAUCACAAUUUAACUGUAAAAUUAGGAGAAAAUAUUACAAUAAUUUAGAUAAAAAUAUUAUUUAUAAAUUUCAAAACUGUAAUAUUUCAUUUAAACAUGUGAAAGGUUAACGAGAUUCAUUACACUUCAUCUCUGUUGAGUACAAAUAUUUUCCUGGACAUUUGCAUACAUCUUAAUUUUUUUAGUGCUUUCGAAAGCACGUAAGGUCUUAGGUUUUCAUUGCAGUCUGGAUUCACUGCAGAGACUUCUUGGUACCAUAUGUGUUAUAAAAAUAUCAAUUACAGAAUUUGGAGCAACUUGCUGCUGCCUUCUUCAGGUCUAAUGUCAGUUUCACAGCUAAAUAUGUGAAAGACUCUGUAAAGCAUCAUAACAGUUUGUCAAAAAACAAUAACUGAACUUCCCUGUAUUUAUUCUUAUGUUAAUUAUGUUAAUUUCAUUAUGAACCAAACUGUUGUUCUAAUCUGUAAAAGUGGUGUUUUGGAAUUAGUCCAUCUUCUAUAUUUCAGUCAAAUUACAUUUCAGAAACUGGAUCUUCUUCUGUCUUCAGGUAAAGAAAACAGGGAAUGACAGAACCCUAGAUGUUGGGCCCCCAGGGGGAACUAGCCUCAGAUCUGGACAGAUUCAAAGUAGGAGUGCCUGGACCAAGAAAUGGCAGUCCAGGUCAGAGGCUAGCACAACCAGGGGGCCCAACAUCUAGGGUCCUAUCCUUCCCCUUCUUCUUUACCUGAAGACAGAAGAAGACCCAGUUUCUGAAAUGUAAUUUUACUGAAAUAUAGAAGAAGGACAAAUUCCAAAACACCACUUUUACAGAUUGUAAUGCACCGUACGAAACCUCCAGACUUCACCAACUGUUGCUUGUUACUGUUGUUCCCAUUAUUAUAAAUCUUAAAUAUUUUUGAAUUAUGGUCUUAAAUGGUAAUAUAUCUUUGAAUCGUUUGCAAGAUCUACUAGGGCAAUUUUGUAUGAAAAUGGGAAAAAAAUCUGGUACCAUCACAUAA